AUGACAGAUCUUGAUAGUACACAAAUCUUAACAGCUGAUGAAAGUCUUAAUGAAAAUUCAUCAACAAAUGAUACUAAAGCUUAUUUAAAAAUUCUUAAUGGUACUGAUUCAAAUACAUAUGAAAUAAAUAAAGAAACAAUUAUUGGUCGUUCAAAUCCAUCAGAUAUAAUUAUUACUGCUCCGUCACUUUCAAAACAACAUGCAAAAAUAACAAUAAAUAAUGGACAAUAUUUUAUAACUGAUCUCGAUAGUAGUAAUAAAACAUUUCAUAAUAAAAUUCAACUUCAACCAAAUGUUUGUUAUGCAUUACAUAAUAAUGAUGAAAUUAAAUUUGGUGAUAUUAUUUGUUUAUUUCAAGAACAGAAACAAACUAAUAUUUCAAAUGAAAUAAAAAUUAAUUUAAAUUUACCAACACAAACAAUUACUAAAGAAUCAAUUAAAGUUUGGAAUAAUAAUAAUACUAAUGAUGAUAAUGUUGAUAUAAUACCAAAACAAAAUGGUAUAAAUGAAUCAUCAUCAAUAAUAUCAAAUGAUGAUAAUAAUCUUAUAAUUGGUUCAACAACAAAUUCAAUAAUAAUUGAAACAAAAAAUUUAAAUAAUGAUGAACAACCUGAAAUGAUAUCAUCACCACAAAUACAAAAAAAUGUUUUAAAUGAACAAAUAAAACUGACAGAAAUGGAUGAAACAUCUUCACCAACUAAUCAAUCAACAAUAAUUGAUACUUCACCAAUUGAUAUAUUAACUAGUGAAAAUAUUCAACAAACAGAUAUGGAUGGAUCUGAAUCAUUAAAACAAAUUGAAAAUUCUAAUGAACAACUUGAUGAUGUUGAUAAUAUAACAGAUGAUUUAUCAUCUAAAGAUAUAAAUAAACAAGAAUUUGUUAAAGAUAAUCCAUCUGAUGAACAAAUGGAGACAGAUCAAACAAUAGAAUCUCCAUCAAUGGUUAUUGAUGAUAAACAACAAGAUAAUAAUAAUGAAAUGGAAGAUGAAAUUGCAUCAACAACAAAUACUGAUGUUAUGAAUAUUGAUGAAACAGAAAAAAUAAAUACAGAAAUUCCAACAACUAUUAUGGAAGCAGAAGAAGAACCAGUUGUAGAUAUAAAAAAAUCUUCAGAAGCAUCACCUAUGGAACCUGAAAAAAAGACUGAUGAAUCUACUCUUGAAGAAGUUCCAUUAUCUAUUGCUGAUGUUGAAGAAGAAGAAUCAGCUAUAAGUACUACUCGUGGUGUUGCACGAAAAACUGUUCGUCGUGCUCGAAGUCGUCGUGGUGGAACAACAACACGAGUUCGUGUUAUUAGUACACGUUUACAUGGUGGACGUCAUCAUCCAAUAUUACCAUCAUCAACUAUUGAUAAUCAAAUAAAUAAUACAACAUUAACUGAAACAGAAGAAUCACCAAAAAAAAUAAAUAUAACACCUGAAAUAAAAUCAAAAACACCACAAAAGACUGAAAUUAUUACUUCAAUUGAACAAUCUAAUCAAACAAAUACUCCUUCAAAUAUUCGAGUUUCAGCUCGAAUUAAAGAACGUACAUCAAGUGGUAGAAAUCGUCAAUAUCCUUAUACAGAUGAUUAUGUUGAUUUAGAUGAUCUUGAAAAACAAUCAAAAACACAGGCAACAACAACAACAACAACAACUAAUCGUAAAUCAAAUCGUGGACGUUCUUCAACAACAACACAAAAACAAAUUAGUCUUCGACAACAACCAAUUGAUACAGUGGAAAGUUUAGAACAAAAAACUACUAAAAAUAUUUAUGAACAAAUUGAUACUAUUACUGAAAAUAAAGAAAUAUUAUCAAAAACUUCUGGUCGAAAAAGAAAAAGUGCUACACCUGUAACAACAGUUGUUACUAAACGAAGUCGUCCAGCAACACCACAAACAGUACCGACAAUGCGCACUCGUCGUCAACAACCUGCUAUUGUUGAAGUCUCUCCAACAGUUACGAAAUCUAAUAGACGUACAGCAGGUGAACAACAACAACAAACAACUACUACUAAUGCAACACCAAAACGUGGUCGAAAAUCAACAAUAUCAAAUGAAAAAUUAUCAGAAAAAACAAAUUCAACUACUGAUCGACCUGUUCGUAUUGCUCUAAGCAGUCAUUUGAAUUUUGAUCAAAAUUAUAUUGAUACAUUACGUAAAUUAGGUUUUGAAAUAAUGGAUGAAUCAUGUCAAGUUGAUGCUCUUGUUGUUGAUCGUAUAAGACGUACAAAAAAAUUUUUUAUGUGUCUUGCACGUGGUGCACAUAUAUUAUCACCACAAUGGAUUGAAACAAUGAUAAAAGAAAAUCAUUAUAUACCAUAUGAUAAAUAUUAUUUAGAAGAUAAAAAUGCUGAAACACGUUAUGGUUUUCAAUUACGUGAAAGUGUUCGUUUAGCUAAACAAGGUCUUAUAUUUAAAAAUUAUAAAUUUUUUUGUACAAAAGAUACAUCACCACCAUAUGAUGAUUUAAAAGAUAUAAUUGAAGCUGCUGGUGGUAAAUUAAUUGAAAAAUUAAAUAUAAAUAAACCAGGAAAAGAUAUUAUUUGUAUUGUUGCACAAAUACAUAAAAAUCAAUAUGAAGAUUUAUUUAAAAAAGAUAUACCUAUUGUUAGUGAAGAAUUUAUUUUAAGUGGAAUAUCAAAACAAAAACUUGAUUUUGAUUCUUUUUCUUUAUUUCAAAAUGCUACAACAGUUAAAAUAAAUACUGGGAAAUAA